UCGCUCUCGGCCUUGCGGGCAUGGCCGCUCGGGCGGGGGCCGGGGCUGUGGUCGCCGGCGCUGCCGUGGUCGCGCUGCUGUCGGCCGCGCUCGCGCUCUACGGGCCGCCGCUGAACGCAGUUUUAGAAAGAGCGUUCUCAUUGCCUAAAGCACACUCGAUAAAGGAGAUGGAGAGCACCCUUCAGCUGGUGAGGAGCAUCAUCCCUCCUCUCACCGCCCAGAAGCACAAAGGCCAGGACGGAAGGAUAGGCGUGGUCGGCGGCUGCCAGGAGUACACCGGAGCCCCCUACUUCGCCGCCAUCUCCGCUCUCAAAGUGGGCGCAGAUCUGUCGCACGUGUUCUGCACCCGGGAGGCUGCGCCUGUGAUCAAGUCAUACAGCCCGGAGCUGAUCGUUCACCCUGUUCUCGACAGCCCCAGCGCCGUGCAGGACGUGGAGAGGUGGCUGCCCCGGCUGCACGCCCUGGUUGUGGGACCCGGCCUGGGUAGAGACGACCUUCUUCUCGAAAACGUGAAGGGCAUUUUAGAAGCAUCCAAGGCCAGGGACGUCCCCGUCGUCAUCGACGCAGACGGGCUGUGGCUCCUCGCUCGGCACCCGGCCCUCGUCCACGGCUACCGGAAGGCCGUUCUCACCCCCAACCACGUGGAAUUCCACAGACUCUGGGAAGCCGUGCUGAGGGACCCCGUGGACAGCAGUGACCAUCGUGAGGCAGUACGGAGACUCAGCCAGGCCCUGGGGAACGUGACCGUGGUCCAGAAAGGGGAGCGGGACGUGAUCUCUGACGGCGAGCACGUGCUCGAGUGCGCCCACGAGGGCAGCGGCCGCAGGUGUGGCGGCCAGGGGGACCUGCUGGCGGGCGCGCUGGGCGUCCUGCUGCACUGGGCGCUGCUCCCCGGGCCCAAGAAGACGAACGGAGGCAGGACUGGGAGCCGCAGGCUGGGCUCACGUUCCCAGGCAGAGCUGCAGAGUGCAGGCGGGUCCCCCCCUCCCCAGGCCUCACCCUCUCCUCCACACGCGUCGUGGGAUGCUGGGGGCCACACGGGCUGGGGUGGGAUGUCCCAGGUCCAGCCCUCUGCUCCUGGCCGCCCUGGGGGCCUGCGCUCUCACCCGCCAGUGCGGCCACCAGGCCUUCAAGAAGCACGGCCGCUCCACCACCACCACCGACAUGGUCGCGGAGAUUGGGCCCGCGUUCCGGAGACUCUUUGAAACCUGAGCCUGGGCCGUGGGAGGCAGGCAGCACCAAGGACGGGGACACUGCGUUUGUUGCCGGAGCCCCAUCACAUGUCCCCGUCCUCGUGGUAGGAGAGCAGUAUGAGCCACAGGUUGGUUUUUGGCCUAAAUCCGUAGCUGGAGGUGUUAAGGGGACACUGAACAGGAUUCUGGAACUUUGACUGCUCAGCAGGGACAGAGGGAAAGUGAAGAGAUGCGCACAGUGCCGGCCACUGACCGCUGUGGGGACUUGCUUUCCUUCCCACCUUUGGCCUGCUUCUGCGAGGAGCUCCCCAUGUUACGUAUCCCCUCAUGGGGGUCCCAUCGGUCCCAUCCAAAUAGCUGCACAGUGACGAGCUGUGCUUUUCAGCCUUGAGGCCCACGGCGGUGUGGCCUUCAUUGUCUCGCUCAUGUUUGCUUUUUAAACGGUGAUUUGGUUGAAACUGGGCAGAGAUAAGCGGUGGUGGUUUGGGGCUGAUUGGUUGAAGGAUUUCAGAAUAAUCCGUGAUCGGUUUUGGAGGCCACGACCCUGACUGCACGGGGCCCUCCUGCUCGGAGCUGGUGUGUCGUCCAGAAUUGAGGUCUGGGAGACGCCUGCUCAGUUGCUGCUGGGCAGUGGCUUGUGCCCCGUGUGGUUCCUUCAAAGGUCUGUGGGCUCUGACUAGGGAAAUACUGUGUGACCUCUGACCCCAUGUGGCUCCUUCCUUUAAAACCACGUUUCUUAAAAACUGCUCCCCCUUGUUUCAGGUGUACCUUUGGAAACUUCUGUUUUUUCCUCUGGGGAAUUCUGUCUAAAUCCUGGUAACUAUUAAAAGGCAAAUCUGAUUUAUUUCAA